AAGUUAUUUUUGAUUCCUGACUGACUUCAGUUUUUUUUUCCUCUCCAAGAUUACUGAAGAUAACCAAGCUUGUGACUUAUCUGCUUGUUGAUUACUCUCAGAUCUAUAGCAGAUCAAAAACUUUAAGGAAUACAUUUUAAAAUCAACAUUGGCUUUCACAUUAACUAAUUUAGCUUGACAUCUCGUCACUUGAACCCAUCAGUAUUCCAAACCCUAAAACUUUUAAAGUUUUAGAAGUCACUUUUGGUAGAAGGAGCUUCCUAAACAAGAGCUGAAAUUACAACCUGCCAAAAAAGUAUGAUGCAGAUUGUCAUUGAUUUUGAGAGAUAAUAAUGAGAUUUGAUAUUGAAGAGUUUUUGCUCUGAUGACUUUUGGAAGCAGAGGCCAGCAGGCUAAUAAAACAUUUAUCGGUAAAAUUGAGAACUUGAUGCCUCAAACAAAUUGGCUUUUGGUAUGGCAUCACAGCUGCAGGUGUUCUCCCCCCCGUCAGUCUCGUCGAGUGCCUUCUGCAGUGCAAAGAAACUGAAGACAGAGCCUUCUGGCUGGGAUGUUUCAGGACCAAGCAGCAACGAAAAGUAUUAUACCCACAGCAAGACCCUUUCAGCCACACAAGGGCAAGCCAGCUCCUCUCACCAAGUGACAAGUUUCAACCUCCCUUCUUACGACCAGAGCCUUCUCCUGCCAGCUCCCACGGUGGAGCACAUUGUGGUGACGGCCGCUGACAGCACAGGCGGCGCUGCCACAACAUCCUUCCAGAACAGCCAGACCCUCACUCAUAGAGGCAACGUUUCUUUGCUGGAGCCCUAUCAAAAAUGUGGAUUGAAAAGAAAAAGUGAGGAGGUGGACAGCAACGGUAGCGUGCAGAUCAUAGAAGAACAUCCCCCUCUCAUGCUGCAGAACAGGACUGUGGUGGGUGCUGCUGCCACGACCACCACUGUGACCACCAAGAAUAGCAGUUCCAGUGGAGAAGGGGAUUACCAGCUGGUCCAGCAUGAAAUCCUUUGCUCCAUGACCAACAGCUACGAGGUCCUAGAGUUCUUGGGCCGAGGGACAUUUGGGCAAGUGGCCAAGUGCUGGAAGCGGAGUACCAAGGAAAUAGUGGCGAUUAAGAUCUUGAAAAAUCACCCUUCUUAUGCCCGACAGGGUCAGAUCGAAGUGAGCAUCCUCUCCCGUCUGAGUAGUGAGAAUGCUGAUGAGUACAAUUUUGUCCGCUCUUACGAGUGCUUCCAGCACAAGAAUCAUACCUGCCUCGUAUUUGAGAUGCUGGAGCAGAACUUAUAUGAUUUCCUAAAGCAGAACAAGUUCAGCCCAUUGCCGCUGAAGUACAUCCGGCCUAUCCUGCAGCAGGUGGCCACUGCCCUGAUGAAGCUCAAGAGUCUCGGCUUGAUUCAUGCCGACCUCAAGCCAGAAAACAUCAUGUUGGUGGACCCUGUGCGCCAGCCAUACCGUGUGAAGGUUAUCGACUUUGGUUCCGCCAGUCAUGUAUCCAAAGCUGUGUGUUCCACCUACUUACAGUCGCGCUACUACAGAGCUCCUGAAAUCAUUCUUGGACUGCCAUUUUGUGAGGCUAUUGAUAUGUGGUCCUUGGGCUGUGUAAUAGCUGAGCUGUUCCUGGGGUGGCCUCUGUAUCCUGGUGCUUCAGAAUAUGAUCAGAUUCGUUACAUUUCACAAACACAAGGCCUGCCGGCAGAAUAUCUUCUGAGUGCAGGAACCAAAACAAGCAGAUUUUUCAACAGAGAUCCUAAUUUGGGUUAUCCGUUGUGGAGACUAAAGACACCAGAGGAGCAUGAAUUAGAAACAGGAAUAAAAUCAAAAGAAGCCCGGAAGUAUAUAUUUAACUGUUUAGAUGACAUGGCUCAGGUGAAUAUGUCUACGGACUUAGAGGGAACAGAUAUGUUGGCAGAAAAGGCGGAUCGAAGAGAGUACAUUGAUUUGUUAAAAAAGAUGUUGACGAUUGAUGCAGAUAAGAGAAUUACUCCACUAAAAACCCUCAACCACUCAUUUGUGACAAUGACUCAUCUUUUGGAUUUCCCACACAGCAAUCAUGUUAAGUCAUGCUUUCAGAAUAUGGAGAUCUGCAAAAGGAGGGGUCACAUGUAUGAUACGGUGAAACAGAUCAAGAGCCCAUUCACCACCCAUGUUGCCCCUAACACAAGCACAAAUCUAACCAUGACCUUCAGCAACCAUCUUAAUACUGGGCACAAUCAGGCCAGUGUUUUAGCGUCCAGUUCUACUGCAGCAGCUGCUACGCUCUCUUUGGCUAAUUCGGAUGUCUCCCUGCUAAACUACCAGUCUGCUCUGUACCCGUCAUCUGCAGCACCUGUUGCAGGAGUUGCCCAGCAGAGUGUUUCCUUGCAGCCUGGAACUACUCAGAUUUGCACUCAGACCGAUCCAUUCCAGCAGACAUUCAUCGUGUGUCCACCUACUUUUCAAACUGGACUUCAGGCACCUACAAAACAUUCUGGAUUCCCUGUGAGGAUGGAUAAUGCUGUGCCAAUUGUACCCCAGGCUCCUGCUGCUCAACCACUACAGAUCCAGUCAGGAGUCCUCACCCAGGGAAGCUGUACACCACUAAUGGUAGCAACUCUCCAUCCUCAAGUAGCCACCAUCACACCGCAGUAUGCGGUGCCCUUUACUCUGAGCUGCGCAGCCGGCCGGCCGGCGCUGGUUGAACAGACUGCCGCUGUACUGCAGGCCUGGCCUGGAGGGACCCAGCAGAUACUCUUGCCUUCAACUUGGCAGCAGUUGCCUGGGGUAGCUCUACACAAUUCUGUUCAGCCUACAGCAGUUAUUCCAGAGACCAUGGGGAGUAACCAACAGCUGGGAGAUUGGAGGAAUGCCCACUCACAUGGCAGCCAGUACAGUACUCUCAUGCAGCAGCCCUCCCUGCUGACGAACCAUGUGACUCUGGCUACAGCUCAGCCUCUCAACGUUGGUGUUGCUCAUGUUGUCAGGCAGCAGCAGUCUGGCUCCCUCCCCUCCAAGAAGAACAAGCAGCCGGCCCAAGCUUCGGCCAAAACUGUCUCCACAUUGGAUGUCUUACCUACCCAAGUCUAUUCACUGAUUGGGAGCAGCCCACUCCGUACCAACUCUUCCUAUAAUCCCCUGGUCCCUUCACAAGAUCAGCACCAGCCUAUCAUUAUCCCAGACACCCCGAGCCCUCCUGUGAGCGUCAUCACUAUCCGCAGUGACACCGAUGAGGAGGAGGAUAGCAAGUAUAAGCCCAGCAGCUCCAGCCUGAAGCCAAGGUCCAAUGUCAUCAGCUAUGUCACUGUCAAUGACUCUCCUGACUCCGACUCAUCUCUGAGCAGUCCAUAUUCUACAGAUACUCUGGCUGCAAUUCGGGGCAAUACAGGGCCCCUCCUAGAAGGACCAGGCCGGGUUGUGACCGAUGGCCCUGGGGCACGAACCAUCAUUGUGCCACCUUUGAAAGCUCAACUUGGUGAUUGCACAGUGGCAACCCAGGCCUCAGGCCUCCUAACAAAUAAGACCAAGCCAGUUGCCUCAGUGAGUGGUCAGUCGUCUGGCUGCUGUAUCACUCCCACAGGGUACCGGGCACAGCGUGGGGGAACAAACAUAGCACAGCCGCUCAACCUUAGCCAGAACCAGCAGUCAUCAGCUCCAUCCUUGCAAGAGAGAAGCAGCAACCCUGCCCCCCGCAGGCAGCAAGCGUUCGUGGCCCCGCUCUCCCAAGCCCCCUACACCUUUCAGCAUGGCAGUCCGCUGCACUCAACGGGACACCCACACCUGGCCCCAGCCCCUGCCCACCUGCCAAGCCAGCCCCACCUGUACACCUAUGCUGCUCCCACUUCUGCAGCUGCCCUGGGCUCUACCAGCUCCAUUGCACAUCUCUUCUCCCCCCAGGGAUCCUCAAGGCACACUGCAGCCUAUACCACCCAUCCUAGCACCCUGGUCCAUCAGGUCCCUGUCAGUGUUGGGCCGAGCCUUCUCACCUCAGCCAGUGUGGCUCCUGCCCAGUACCAGCAACAGUUUGCCACCCAGUCCUACAUUGGGUCCUCUCGAGGCUCAACAAUUUAUACUGGAUAUCCACUCAGCCCCACGAAGAUCAGCCAGUAUUCCUACUUGUAGUCAGUGGGCAUGGGGACAGGGAGGGGCAUGGUGAUUGAUCAUUCCUGGCAUAGAGGUCUUGGAAGUGGAGAAUAUCAAACCCUUUCCUUAACCUCACUUAAAGCCCCCUGCUAGCAACCUGUCCAGGGAGUCAGCCAAAGCAGAAGGAAGGUCUCUCUCUUUUUUUUUUUCUUUCUGGGAAUCUGUAUCGGUAUUGACGGCAUUGUGGUAGUCUCCCAAAGGCUGUUCUGUUUUUUAAAUUUUUUGUUUCUGACAGUGUUUUUUUGCUGAUAGAAGAGUUCAGCUCUCCAACUUCUGCAUAGGGGUCUAACUCCUUCUGUUACCAAGAGAGGGACUGUUUGCCCUCUGGAAAAUAUUUUAACUCUUACUUACGUGAUUUAUAGAAAUGGUUUAAAGACAUCUCUCUAAUGUCAUUUUAUUGUAACUGCUGAUGAGAGGAAUAUGCUGAUGUAAGGAAACUAAACUUUGAUCACAAAUGAGAAAAAAGGAAAACUCAUUUUAAAUUUGUUUUGAACAAAGGCUUAUUUGCCUUGUAGGUUUUAGCAGCAGCUUGCACGUUACUUGUAUUCUCCCCCCAAAUAGAGUGCACAUUUUAGCUUUAUGGACAUUUUAAACUCUUGCUGUUUUAGUUUUGUCUUGGUGACUUGGCUUGUCCUCACUAGGCAGUGGCUGUUUCUGCAAAACUCGUUACAUAUCACUUAGUGUUGCUCUUGGGGUACUCUCAGUUACUCCUAUGCUGAUGUAAAGCCACAAGAUCAGGCAGCUCACCAUUGGCUGGCAACCAAGUGUGGGGAAAACCCACACCCAUCGUGAAAGGCUCCAUGUAUUCUUUUUAAAUUAUUUUUUACAAGUCUGUGAUUCAGCUUAACUUUUAUCAUUGCAAAAGCCAUUAAAUUAAGGUGAUUAUUAUUGUUGUUAUUGUUGUUGUUAAUGUUAUUGUCUUUGCUGUUGUAUGGUUUUUACCCUUCCUGUCUGAAUUAUCUCCAAGAUCUAAUUGUAUUAUGUGAUACUGGCAGAGGUGGGCCUUGCCUCAAAGACUGUAAGGGAGAGCAGCGCUUAACGGGUUUGUUUGAAAUUUUCAUUUGACACCGGAUCUCUCCCAGAGCAGAAUUUCUUUACUAAGAAUUAAAGCACAGGACUUUUUUUCUUCCCACUUAUUUUUUCUCCCCUCACCUCGCCUUUUUAUUUUAUGUGAUUUGCUUGAAGAGGAAGUUAAAGGAUAUGUUGUGUAUAGCUUUUUAUACUUCAGAAAGAGUAGCUUCCUUGGUAUGUCAGCAGCAAAUGGAAUGCUCUCUCAUUAAGACUUAUACAAUAAGUGCAUGUUGGAAUUGUGGAAAGCAAAAAAAAAAGAAAAAAGAAAAAACAGAUUUUAAAAAUUUAUUACUGAAUUUAAAGAUAUUUUAGAAGUUUUGUAAUGGUGGUGUUUUAAUAUUUUGCAUAAUUAAAUAUGUACAUAUCGAUUAGAAAAAACUAUAACAAUUUUCCUGCUAACCCCAAAUGUUCUUUGUAAUCAAAAUGUGUAGUGACUACACUUGAAGUCUGUACUUGGUGUGUAUGGGUGUGUGUGUGUGUGUGUGUUUGUCUGACCCUCCAGUGUUCCCCAGGGAUGGAAUUGAUGUCUCCAUUGUAUUUAAACCAAAAUGAACAGAUCUGUGUCAGAAUGUAUGUGAAACAAAUUGCUGUUUUUUAGAGCACAUCACCGUAGCUAGCACUGAGUGAGAGAGCAGUGGAGGGAGGCACCCGCAGGGAGCGGAGACCUUUGGAUUGUUUUGCACAGGUGUGUGUGGCGACGAGCUGUUUGGUGUGUGUCUCUUCCUUCCUUCCCUUCACCCCUUUUAUUGUAGUGCCUUAUAUGAUAAUGUAGUGUUUCAGCCCUGUGGACCCUCCGCAGUUCACCGAGCUUUAUUCUGAGCAGGAUUGGUAGCGUGGUGUGUAAAUGCAUUGUUCUCCGUUUCCCUGUCAGCGUUAAAAAUGAAUUAAAAGCAACUCCAUUUGGUUUUGAGCCUCAGCUAAUUUCCUUAGAAACUUUGCUUUUCAUGUGGCUCUCAUGCUGUAUAUUUGCUGCCUUGCUCCUAUGAGAGAGUUCAGGAAGCAGCUGAUUAAGAACCAAGCAAUAUUAGAGAUUAAAAACAAUUUUUUUUUUCUAAAAGCAUGUGCAAUCACUUUUAGAAUGAAUUUUUUUCCCAUUGUGGCACUCACUCUCCUGCUAAUAAUAGUCAACAUUCCUUGUAAAAUACUUCCUUGUUUGGGGGGAAAAAAACAAACAAAACCCUUAAAACUGAUGUGUUUAUACCAAAGAGCCUGUUGUGUAGCUCACUGUGUUCCCCAUAUCAUGAGAAGUUUUGUGAUGCCACUGGUGACAGGGAACUCACAGAGAUUUCUUAGUAGAAGUACUAAUAGUAUUAAGAGGAAACUGAAGCCUUGCGGGUUAUGAGAGAUUGUGUGAUUUCAGUUAACAACUUGUAUAUUCUAGGGGACCUUCGAGCAGUGGGAUUGGCUUUGCCCUGAGCUCCUUGCCCCCUGGAGAAUAGAGGGUGGUGAGGAGAGGACUUAGGCCCUUGAGGAUUUGGUUGUGGGGAGCUGCCCCAUUUGGUUAAGGAAAUGUCUUUAGGGGCUACUUCUAGGACUGGUUCUGUGUGGAGAUGGUGUCGGGGAGGUGCCAGAUGGAGACAGGAGAUUUCACUGGGCCCCGGGCAGCAAGCUGUGAUCCGGGUCAAACACAGGAGUUGUUGAGAUCUUUGGAGUCUCUUCAUUGGGAGAAGUCAGGGCUUCCAAGAGGGGCAGGUAGUCAAGUCAUUUGUACAGCCUGAUAGGAGCCGGUCUGUGCUGUGUAUAGUUUUUAGUCAUUUCAUGAAGGUGUGUUUUGGGCACUAUCUGUGUCAGGAUAGCUAAUCAGUCUCCAGUUUUUUCACUCCCUGUUGUUGGAAAGGGUUUUGUUUUUUCUUUUUGUCAGCAUGUGUGAACUUCAUGCCUAUUUAUUGCCAAACACAUGCUGACUUUCUUAUCCAAUACACAAAUUGUUUUGAAUGAAAUUCCUGUUCUAUAACCUUGUUCUUCAUGGUACAGGAUAAGAGUAUGUAUGUAUGUGUGUGUGUGUGUGUGUAUGUGUGCACGUGCACGAGCACGCACGUGUGUGUGUGUGUUUUUCCCAUAGAAACGAUGAAAUGCAGAAAAAUCUACCCUCCCAAAGCCAACAAGUAGAUCUCAUUUCAAACAUAAGCCCAACUCCACUGAGGAAGAAAUGACCAAGAUCGUGCUUAGUUCCAUGAAUCAAUGUUUCUAGAGUUGUGGCUUUACGCAUUUAGCAAUUCUCAGUCUGAGGCUGCAAAUUGGUAUUUUAGAUUGCCCGAGAUGACAUUGCAUGGGCUUGCUGAGUAGGGUGUUACCUUGAGAUAUGGCUUUAGUCUGUCCUUGUAGUUUUGCUUUGCCAGCUUUGACCAGAUGAGGGAAACCUACUGAGCUUUGUGGGUCAUUAUAACCUGAAAUCAAAUCAGCUUAAAGAAAUCUUGUCAAGCUUCAGUCGCUCCCUCCGAAGGUACAUAUCUCACAUCUCUUCCUACAAGGCAAGAGGAAGCAGGGAGAGCCCUAGUGAGACAGUUGUCCUCUGUCUCUGGGGUUACAUAGAAGCAGAAGCCAUGUUCGUGGGGUAACAGUUGACAGUCAGUCCUGGGCUGGGAAUCCCUGGACAGAGAACUGCAUCUCAGGCUAGUCCUCAUGAUUCUCAAGUGGCAUCUGCUUUUCUGCUCAUCUCAAGUCAAAGUCAGCAAAGUUGGGGCUGCCCCCAGCCAGCCACAUCUCAUUCCAUCACUGUUAUACAGAAUCCAUUGGUUAGGAUGGUUUGUUUGGGGACAAGGCAUGAAAUGGAAUUGCCUCUCAGUGACAGGAAUGGCCUGAGCCUGCUUCCUUUUUGUUUUGUUUUUUUUAAACUGAUGGAUGGUGCAGCAUGUCUACAUGGUUGUUUGUUGAUAAACUUUAUAUAAUGUGUGAUUUCAGAUUCAGCUUGAAAAAUAAUCUCACUACAUGUAGCAGUACAUUCUAUGUACAUUAUAUGUAAUGUUAGUAUUUCUGCUUUGAAUCCUUGAUAUUGCAAUGAAAUUCCUACUUUAUUAAAUGUAUUUGAUAUGCUAGUUAUUGUGUGCGAUUUAAACUCUUGCUUUCCCCCUUUUUCUGGUUGUGCUCUUCCUUUUACAAACCUCUAGAAACAGGUAGUUUCUGAGAAUUACUGAUCUAUGUUUGUAUUGCAGAUGUACUUAGGGGAUAUGUAAAAUAAUCAUUUUAACAAAAGAAAUAUAGAUAUUUAAAAUUUAAUACUAACUAUGGGAAAAGGGUCCAUUGUGUAAAACAUAGUUUAUCUUUGGAUUCAAUGUUUGUCUUUGGUUUUACAAAGUAGCUUGUAUUUUCAGUAUUUUCUACAUAAUAUGGUAAAAUGUAGAGCAAUUACACUGCAUCAAUAAAGUGGGUUAAUUUUCUGA